CAGCCCGCAUGCGCAGGCGGGGCCGGCCGGGCCGCGCUGGGGCUGCAGCCGGAGCGGCGGGCGGCGAGCAUGGCGGCGGCGGGCAGGGUGCUGGUGUACGGGGGCAGAGGGGCGCUGGGCUCGCAGUGCGUGCGGUACUUCAAGUCCAGGAACUGGUGGGUGGCCAGCAUCGACCUGGCGGAGAACGAGGACGCCAGCGCCAACGUGGUGGUGGAGCCGACCGACUCCUUCCCCGAGCAGGCCGAGCAGGUGACAACAGAGGUUGGAAAACUUCUUGGUGAAGAAAAGGUGGAUGCGAUCUUGUGUGUAGCUGGAGGAUGGGCUGGAGGCAGCGCCAAAGCUAAGUCUUUAUACAAUAACUGUGAUCUGAUGUGGAAGCAGAGUGUUUGGACGUCAACUAUUUCCAGCCACCUAGCCACAAAACACCUGAAAGAAGGCGGCCUGUUGACUUUGACAGGAGCUCAGGCUGCUUUAUCUGGAACCCCAGGGAUGAUUGGCUACGGCAUGGCCAAAGGAGCAGUGCAUCAGCUUUGUCAGAGUUUAGCUGGUGCCAAUAGUGGCUUGCCAUCUGGGUCUGCUGCUGUUGCCAUUUUACCGGUUACCUUAGAUACACCAGCAAACAGGAAAUCAAUGCCUGGUGCAGAUUUCAGCUCCUGGACAUCCUUAGAAUUCAUUGCUGAAACCUUUUACAACUGGAUAACAGGGAAGAAUCGACCAAACUCGGGGAGUCUUAUCCAGGUGAUAACUACAGGAGGGAAGACUGAACUCGUUGCAGCAGCACAUCUUUGAUGUCAGUCACUUGAGCUGGUGGAGCUUUAGCAAAGGAGAAGCUAUGGAAAAUCUGUGCCAGUAUAAUUUGGAUGGUCUUCUGUAUCCAGUAAUUGUAGUUAUGUCACUAAUGGAACCAAAUUUCAAGUAAUAUUUCUGUGCUGUCUGUUUUGAGCUAUCAGCAUUUAUUUACCAACAAGUAUCGCGUAUUUGUCUCUAAAUGAAAGUUGCCACUUCUGAGCAUUUUAUGUUGACUUACCUGUUUUGUCUGAAAUGGGAAUUGUGCUUAAUUAUGUUAUGUAAUAACAUAAGGGUUGGAUUUUUUUCUCAUAAGUGUUUCUGGCAACUUACUGUGAAUCUUUCAGUGGUCUGCCUUUUUCUGUCUGAGAACAUAACCCUGCCUCUGCAUAUUAUGUUGGCUGUAAUUAUAGGAAACACUGCAGCCAUAUAUAACGUCCUAGUCUUGUAACAUUUUUCUUGUCAAGUUCCACUUGAGUUAAUGGAACUGUAUAGAGAUUACUCAUGUGAGAAGGAGUUCCUAAUCUGCCUUACAGUUUAUAAGCUGCUGUCAGGCCUACAGUUGUAAGAUAAAAGAUUUGUUCUGUCAGAUGGCUAGGAUGUCUUUGCGUUGGUCUUGACAGUUCUUUACCUUUUCAAAAAGCAAAGUGAUGUAAAGAAGUACUAGCAUACAUACACUUCUGUUGGAAUAUGGAAUUUUUGUGCUAAAUAAACAUAUAUUGUUUUACAUA